GGCGGCGGCGGGCAUCCGGAGGGCUCUGCUGCCGAGGGAGGCGGCCGGCGACGGCGGAGGAGGCUGCGGUUGGAGGGGAAGUCCGGGCCGGAUCAGGGCCUCAGCCGGGAAGGGGAAAGGGGGCGGCGCUGCCCUCGCGUUCGGCGGGAUUCUCGCGGUCUGCCGCCGCACCGCAACCGCCGAAGCUAAACAGGAAAAAGAAAAAUGAAGAGGGAAAGAGAAGAAGAGGUAGGAAGCGCCGGCGCCGCCAUGUCGCCGUCCUUUGGUCCUCCCUCUACCUCCUCCGCUGCUAGGGUGUUCCUUUUAAGUCGAGCAAUGGAGGCGCCCUCCGCUUUCCACAGCCUGCGGGCCCCUUCGCCCUUUGUGCGGGCCAUGCGCACCCGCCUCGACCCGCCGCCGCCGCUGCCGCUCGCUGCCGCUCCUACUCCCCCGCUGCCGCCGCCGCCGCCGCCGCAGAUGCCGGAGAAGCGGCGGCGGGGGCGCCCGCGCAACUGCGACCGCGUCCUCCCGCCGCCGGGGUUCCUCCUAACUCCGCCCGCACGGGCACCGCCAUCGCCGACUCUAGCUAUAGCUACCCACGGGCACUUCCAAUUCCAAUCGGGUGGGCUCCAGCCGCACGUGCUCAAAAUAGAUGUGGGAGAGGAUAUUGUAUCAAAGAUUGUGGGGUUCUCGAAAAUAAUUGGGAAGGCUGUCUGUGUUCUCUCAGUGCUUGGGGUCGUUCAGGAAGCAAAUCUACUGCACUCUGCUGUCACCUUAAAUCACAAGGGUCCUUUAGAAAUCAUUCACGUGUUCGGAUCCAUUUUGACAUCUGAUACCCCUGGAUUUGGGUGCUUAUCUGUGGCCCUUGCUUGUGUUGAUUGUUCUGUGAUCGGUGGCGUUGUAGCUGGACCUCUUGUGGCUGCAAUACCUGGACAGGCAAUUGUUGGCAGCUUUCACAAUGAUGCUCUCGGCGCAAACAAGGCACCUAAAAUGUGUUACUCCAAUUCUCAGGUUGCCACUGGCUACUGGGUCACACAUUACCCCAAGCCUCAGGUUUGCACUGGCUUCGCGGUCACGCAUUUCCCCAAUUCUCAUGUUGCAACUGGCACUGGCUGCAAGCCUUGCCCCAGUUCUCAGGUUGCCGUUGGUACUGGUAGCUUGCAUUGCCUCAAUUCUGAGGUUGCCAUUGGCAGUUCGAGCAAGCAUGGCCACAAUUCUCAGGUUCCCAUUGGUGAUGGGAAUGGGAGCACUAAUCACUCCAAUUCUCAAGUUACUGUUGGCGAUGGAAGCACACAUCACCCCAGUUCUCAUACUACUGUUGGCAAUGGGAGCACGCAAUACCCCAGUUCCCAGGUUCCCAUUUGCAAUGGGGGCACACAUGAAUCAAGUUCUUAUGUCACUGUUGGUGACGGAAGCACAAGUAACACCAGUUCUCAGGCUACUGUUGGCGAUGGGAGCAGGAGGCAUCAACCCGAUUCUCAUGAUACUGUUGCCAAUUCUCAGGUUACUGUUGGCGAUGGGGGCACACAUCAGCCCAAUUCUCAUGUCCGUGUUGGCGAGGGAAGCACAGAUAAUGCCAGUUCUCAGGUUACUGUUGGUGAUGGAAGCACACAUUACCUCAAGUCUCUAGCUGCCGAUGGCGAUGGAAGCACAAAUAACACCGAUUCUGGGGCUGUAGUAGGAUACGGGAGCACAGGUAAGGGCAAUUCUCAGGGGGGCCUUGUUGAUGGUAGCACAAAUUGCUCUAGUUUUAAGGUUUCUGUUGGCGAUGGAAGGUCCCAGUACCCCAAUUCUCAGGUUACUGUUGGCGACGAGAGCACUCCAUCUACUGAAGGCUCCAAUCUGGAGGAUGCAUCCUGCACUGCAGUGGCACAGCGUGAAUUGGCAGGUGGUGGCUUAUUUUAGCGUCGGUUCCAUCUAGGUGAUCUAACUCAAUGGGCAGGCAAUAUGUUUUCCUCUGGGCCAGGAUUUGUAGGAAGUUAUUAGUCCAGGAUUGAGGUAGGAACAUUCUACUCCCCAAUUGAGAAUGUUGGUGCGGUUGGUUAUCAUAACUUUUAAUUCCUUGCUUUUGCUUCCCAAAUGAGAUUAGACUUUUGAGCAUGGCCAGAGGGUGGGUAUGUUGGGCUGAAUUGAGCUUUGUGUAUGUACGAUCUGGAUUCUGGAAGGGUCGAUUAUGGGACGAGGUUUUGAGAGGCACAUCGAUCUCUGGAGCAGCAAGGGUCGAUUGCAACAGAAGGUUCGCCGCCAUGUUGGAGGAGCUGCUCAUCUUCACGCGGGGCGGCCUCAUCCUCUGGUCCUCGUGCCGGGCGCUCGGCGCCGCCGCCCUCAAGGGCUCGCCCAUCGACGCCCUCAUCCGAUCCUGCCUCCUCGAGGAGCGCUCCGCCGACGCCAGCUUCUCCCAGGACAACUACGCCCUCAAGUGGACCUUCCACAACGACCUCGGCCUCGUCUUUGUCGCCGUCUACCAGAAGAUUCUGCAUCUUCUCUACGUCGAUGAUCUCCUCGCCGCCGUCCGCAAGGACUUCUCCCAGAUUUAUGAUCCCAAGCGCACCAACUACGACGACUUCACCGACAUAUUCCGCCAGCUCCAUCUCGAGGCCCAGGCGCGUGCCGAGGACAUGAAGUCCAAGCAGGCCAUUUCGUCCCGUACGCUGCCAGCCGUCUCCCACAAGACUGCUCCCAAGGCUCGCGGCGCUGCUGCCCGUGCUACCAGCAAGGGCAAGGAUGACUCUGAUGGGGACUCGGAGCACCACGCUUUGGCAAAUGGUACCUUCACGGGCCACCAGAGUGCUGCACCCAACGACAGCUCUCUUGUUAAGGGCAAGGAGAACGGGGUCCCCAAAGACAACGGGGCCUUCAAUGUAACUAAACUACAGAGGUUGCGAAAGAAUGAUAGGAAGAACACCGGUGCGGACAACGCAACCAAGAAGCUGACCAAACCUGACACAAAGAAGAAAGGGAAGCAAGACAGGGUGUGGGAUGACAAACCUUCCAACAAGAAGUUGGAUUUCACAGACCCGGCUGAUGAGAGAGGGGACGAGGUGACAGAACAUGUCGCACUCAACCAGGGAGAGAGCAUGAUGGAUAAGGAUGACAACCUCAGCAGCGACAGCGAGGAGGAAGAGGUCGAAGAUGGACCAAAGAAGAAAGGCUGGUUCUCCUCAAUGUUUCAGAGUAUUGCUGGUAACAAUGUAUUGGAGAAGUCUGAUCUACAACCUGCGCUCAAGGCUCUCAAAGAUAGACUGAUGACAAAGAACGUGGCAGAGGAAAUUGCGGAGAAGCUUUGUGAAUCUGUUGCAGCUAGCCUUGAGGGCAAGAAGCUAGGAUCAUUCACAAGAAUAUCAUCUACAGUCCAGACAGCUAUGGAGGAGGCUCUUCUUCGCAUUUUGACCCCAAGGCGGUCUAUUGACAUACUGAGGGAUGUACACGCAGCCAAGGAGCGUGGGAGGCCGUAUGUCAUUGUUUUUGUUGGGGUGAAUGGAGUUGGCAAAUCGACCAAUCUUGCGAAGGUUGCUUAUUGGCUUCUUCAGCAUAACCUCACUGUAACGCUUGCAGCAUGUGACACCUUCAGAUCUGGUGCUGUUGAGCAGCUGCGGACUCAUGCACGCAGGCUUCAGAUACCUAUUUUUGAGAAGGGUUAUGAAAAAGAUCCAGCAGUUGUAGCGAGGGAAGCUAUUCAGGAAGCAAGCCGAAACAAAUCAGACGUUGUUCUUGUUGACACUGCUGGACGUAUGCAGGAUAAUGAGCCACUCAUGAGAGCGCUCUCCAAGCUCAUCAAUCUUAACAGUCCAGAUUUAGUUUUAUUUGUUGGAGAAGCAUUGGUUGGGAAUGACGCUGUCGAUCAGCUCACUAAGUUCAACCAGAAAUUAGCAGACCUGUCUGCUGUUCCUACUGCUAGAUUAAUUGAUGGUAUCCUGCUCACCAAGUUUGACACCAUUGACGACAAGGUUGGAGCAGCGCUUUCCAUGGUGUAUAUAUCUGGAGCUCCGGUCAUGUUCGUCGGUUGUGGCCAGUCCUACACGGACCUGAAGAAGCUGAAUGUGAAAUCCAUCGUUAAGACCCUCCUGAAGUGAAGGGAAUGCAUUGUGUUGAGCUGUACUGCACAAAUCUGUUCCAUCUUUAUGUCCCCAGUGACCUUGUCAUGUUCAUGUUGGACGUCGUGGAUCUGUGAGACUGCUGUAGUAGAAAACCAAACCUAAUGUAUGGGUAACUCGUGUCAUGUGUACUUGUGUUUACUUGGUCGUCUUGCUCCAAUAAUGUGGAUCUGUGAGACUGCUGUAGUCGAAAACCAAACCUAAUGUUGUCAUGUUUACUUGUAUUUACUUGGCCGUCUUGUUCCAAUAAUACAACUUACUGUAUGAGUUCGAAUGGGUACAAGUGAAUAAGAUGGAGGUUGCUCGGUAA